GAAAAAGAAAAAAGAAUGCCAUUUUUUCCAUCUUCUUCUUCUUCUUCUUCAUCAAACUCCAACUUCACUCUCUUCUCUCCCACUCAAAACUCAAACACCCUCUCUAAAUUCUCCUUCAAAAUCCCCAUUAUACCCCUCCACUCCUCCUCUUAUCUCAAUAAUACUACUACUACUACUACUUUAACUUCAUCAUGUUCUUCCAAAGACUCCACCACACCGGUUUUAGAACAACUAUCCCAAAACGACGUCGUGUCGGAAGAGAAAGAGCUCGUGGUUCGCAGGCCUGUGAUGACGACGGAUCAGUUUUCCGGCGAAGGAGAGAGUGUUGAAGUUAAAGAAGAAGAAAAUGAAAAAGAAGUUUCGAAAGGUCCGGAUAUCGAUGUGGGACUCACAAAGUUGGCGAAGAAGAUGCCGAUUUUCGAGCCGGAGCAGAGAGUAGUGGAACGGUUUGGUUCGACGGAGAAGCCGCUUACGGUGAACUUGGACUUGGCGCUUUAUAGAGCUAAGGUUUUGUCCAGGAAUUUUCGCUAUCAAGAAGCCGAGGAAAUGCUUCAAAAGUGUAUAUAUUAUUGGCCAGAAGAUGGGCGGGCAUAUGUAGCCUUGGGGAAGAUAUUGGGUAAGCAAUCGAAAGUGGCAGAAGCUAGAGCUGUGUAUGAGAAAGGUUGCCAGGCUACUCAAGGAGAAAAUCCCUACAUUUGGCAGGGUUCACCUCAUUCACAAUUAUGCUCCAUUAGCACAUUACAAUGUUGGGUACUGGGUCCCUACUCCCUAUGUUGGGCAGUUUUGGAAAACAAGAUGGGAAAUAUAAGGAGAGCAAGAGAGUUAUUUGAUGCAGCGACUGUUGCCAAUAAAAGACACAUUGCUGCCUGGCAUGGUUGGGCAGUUCUAGAGCUAAAACAAGGAAAUAUUAAGAAAGCAAGGCAACUGCUGGCUAAAGGUUUAAAAUUUUGUGGUGGAAAUGAGUACAUAUACCAAACACUUGCAAUGUUGGAAGCUAAAGCAAAUCGUUAUGAGCAGGCUCGGUAUUUAUUCAGGCAGGCCACUAAGUAUAACCCCAAAAGCUGUGCCAGUUGGCUUGCAUGGGCACAAUUGGAGAUUCAACAGGAAAACAACCAUGCUGCUAGGCAGUUAUUUGAGAAAGCAGUCCAGGCAAGUCCAAAGAAUAGGUUUGCAUGGCAUGUUUGGGGAGUGUUUGAAGCUAAUAUUGGAAAUAUCAACAAGGGGAAAAAACUAUUGAAGAUUGGCCAUGCACUUAAUCCAAGGGAUCCUGUCCUCCUUCAAUCUCUUGCUUUAUUAGAAUAUAAAUACUCAUCUGCAAAUAUUGCUCGAGUGCUGUUCAGGAGAGCAUCUGAAUUGGAUCCUAGGCACCAACCAGUAUGGAUUGCUUGGGGAUGGAUGGAAUGGAAAGAAGGAAACAUAGAGAAGGCAAGGGAAUUAUACCAAAGAGCACUGUCAAUUAACUCAACUAGUGAAAGUGCUGCUCGAUGUCUUCAGGCUUGGGGUGUUCUAGAACAGAAUGUUGGGAAUUUAUCAGCAGCCCGAAGAUUAUUUAGGUCCUCACUAAAUAUAAAUUCACAGAGUUAUAUAACAUGGAUGACGUGGGCAUCAUUGGAGGAGAAACAAGGCAAUUCUGUGCGUGCUGAGGAAAUUCGAAACCUCUAUUUUCAGCAGCGUACAGAAGUCGUGGAUGAUGCUUCAUGGGUUAUGGGAUUCUUAGAUAUCAUUGACCCAGCGAUUGAUAGCAUAAAGAGACUCUUGAAGUUGGACCAUGAGUCCUUCAACAAGGUAAAGGAUUCUAUGGAAAAUAUACCAGAAAUUAAUGAAAAUAGCACCAAUAAGGAGUCAGUAAACCCCUCUGCUGGCUCCUUAGAUGGCAAAGACAAUGAAAGUGGAACUGGAAUGGAUUUGGAUGCUUUCAUCAGUGAAAAGUUGUCACUAGACCCAUCCAAGCUGGACGUUCAGAUGGAGUCAUCAAAGUCUUUUGUGACUAACAAAACUAGACCUACUAGAAGAGUAUGGAGAUCAGAAAACAGAACUACUACAAUAUUCCAUUUGGCCAAGUAAAUACACUCCUAUUUGUUUCAAAUAGAAGAAGCAUGUCCAUUGUUAAACAGGAUAACUACUUCCAAGAAAGUUACAUAGAUUCCAUGCCCUACAAUCAAAAUGUAUGUUAGCAUACGUCCCUUGUUCAAUGUGUAUAUUUUCUGUUGUUGUACCAUAACAUGAAAUACUUAUAAAAAGAUCAAAAACGAAUUUUUACUAAGUUCA